AUGGCCCCCGCAGCCUGGUAUGCGCUGGCACUUCCCUGACACCUGGUUCUCUGCCGAUAGAUGCGAGUGCACUCCCGCUGGAUAUACAGGUGAUGGGCAUGACUGCCCAGUCAUCAUCCUCGUCCUUCUGACCCCUGUUGGGGUGUUGUUGUUGGUCAAAAACCGGGUCAAUUGCUGAGUGUGGACCACGGGGUUUGGGGUGGAACGCCAAGGUUUUAGCUCGACCGUGCCAUCUACCUGCGACAACCCGCCGUCUCCGCUCUUCUUGACUUUGUAUUGACACCGAGUCUAGGUGGGGAGGAGGGAGUGCGAUAUAUGCAGUGCAAGUCUACCAUCACUAUAAACUAAUUCACGCGUAAGUCACCGUGCCUGGUGCACCUUCAGUAUUAGUAUCAGUCAAUAUCAGUGUAUUUCAGGGAAAGUCGGUGUGUACCUUUGAAAUCCCUAUUGGUUACAUGCAGAGGAAGUAUAUGGAGAAAAUGGAAAGAAGGUAACAUGAAAGAAGUACAAGGGGAAUAACAAAAACUGUACAGAUGAACUCGGAAUUUAAUGCGUUAACGGCAUUUAAAGGCAUAUGAACUCGGUUUUUAGAUUAAAUGCAGCAGACAGUUGGGGCACACCUAAGAUACAGGAAAAGAAGUAAAAAAAAUUUUAGUCUGCAGGCAUGGUGGUUAAUGCGAGCAGCGGUGUACGACGUGGUUCAAAAUUAAUAAAUUACCUAUGCAUAUGAUCGUUUUACAACUCUCUGAGCUGAGGUCAUUGUAGAUAAUGUACCAGACUGUCUACAACAGACGACCCAACCUUGUACGAUGAAACACUAAACCGAAAUAAUUGUGUCGCACUAAAACCCACUUAACUAAGUGUUGUAGAUAUUCUUUGUAUGCUACAGAUGCUUGGAGCCUUCACCCGAUUCUCGGUUUGUAGAUUAAAUGCAGCAGACAGUUGGGGCACACCUAAGAUACAGGAAAAGAAGAUUCUCGGUUUGUAGAUUAAAUGCAGUAGACAGUCUGGGCACACCUAAGAUACAGGAAAAGAAGUAAAAAAAAUGUUAGUCUGCAGGCAUGGUGGCUAAUGCGAGCAGCGGUGUACGACGUGGUUCAAAAUUAAUAAAUUACCUAUGCAUAUGAUCGUUUUACAACUCUCUGAGCUGAGGUCAUUUUAGAUAAUGUACCAGACUGUCUACAACAGUACCGAAAUAAUUGUGUCGCACUAAAACCCACUUAACUAAGUAUUGUAGAUAUUCUUUGUAUGCUACAGAUGCUUGGAGCCUUCACCCGAUUCUUACUUACGUUAGACAAUAUGGUACCUAUAGAGACAAGGCAGACCGGAAUGGCCAUUUCCGGCUUUUUGGUCGUCAUCAGCCAGUCGUAGCCAAUCCAAAAUGUUGACCGCUUGAGAUUCCAGCCCGGAAUCUGUGAUCGUUGAGUUUGACACUCUGCCACGUGUGGCACUGGCCCGUAUGCUUACGAUUACGUCUGCUAAAUCUACUUAAAUUUAUUAAUCACCGACCUGGGUGAUAAACACCGAAAAGUGUCCCAUCCUCGUGGAGGUUGCAGUCUCUUAUCAGUUUUCCCCCCACUUGAAAGUACUCCGCUGAAUCACUUGCGGAGGUGUCUUCCACUUCAUGGAGAUCGAAGACCCGCUUGUCGCCGGACUGUGAUCGCACCUUACCUCUCACCUCUCGGAGGGGAAGCAUCAUUGGAGACGAGUUCGUACGCCCUAAACCGCACGAUUCAUGCUACGGCGCCAGGGGUGAAUUGACGCACUCUUCAACCCUGAUGCAUUGGUACGGGGGAAAAUUACACGAUCUGGACUAGUCACUUGCUAAACAAUGCCUGAUAUCGGAUACCGUCCUGAUUGUCAGUGGAUGGAAGCCCCAGUCUUCACUAGUGAAACGGGAUGUCCACCUGAAUACCGGACUUAGUCGGUGAGGAAGUCGACGUCCCGGCUGUUAGCCACCACUUCAACCAAGUGACCAAGAAGACUCCUCUGACAGAAAGGAUGCAACGAUCGCUUCCUGUUAACAAGCGAAUCAUACAUUUUAGGGUAAGGUGAUACCAUACUAGCAGCACAGGUACUAGCCAAAAGCCCAUACACGCGUGUUUCGCCGAUAUUCUGUCGCUGCAUUGUGCAGCAGUGAGGGGUUCGGCUCGUCAGUGAGUUCCCCAGCAUUCCCCGUGUGUUUUCCGGUAUAAUCAUACACCGCUUGUGUGUGAACCAUCUGAUUACCGGCUAGCUUAUGCACUACCGAAAUGCCACCUUACUAACAUCUCUGUAUGUUUUACCGACCUAUCAGCAUCAGCUUUCGACUAGCAACAUAACUAACCUAUUUUUUAGCAGUUAUAAAAACGGGUUGGAAGGUUCCCUGGCGGUGGACUGCUGAUUACAGCCGGUGAUCGGAAUGGUCGGUUUGGUCCUGCAGGCCCUCAAAACAAUCACUUUCUUGACCGGCCUGGGUUUGGCUCUCGAAACGACGGCGAUGAAAGGACGUUAAGCUCGGCAUAGAGAAAACAAAUGUUUGUUACCAAUAUUUUUCCGGCAUUACCAGUGACAUUUGUCAACCUGACGACAGUUGUCCACCGUGUACUCCAUGGCUGAGUAGGAGCAGAUACGGUGGCUUGCGCGUGAACUAAUUUGUAAUAAUAAUAGUAAUAAUAAUGACGAAGACGACGAUUAUGGUGAUACUGAUGAUGAUGAUGAUGAUGAUGAUGAUGGUGGUGGUGGUGGUGGUGGUGGUGGUGUUGGUGGUGGUGGUGGUGGUGGGGAUGAUGAUGAUGAUGAUGAUGAUGAUGAUGAUGAUGAUGAUGAUGAUGAUGAUGAUGAUGAUGAUGAUGGGCUUUCGCAAAAUCUAGCGCGCCCUCCUCUCUCCCACCUGGAUCCGGUGUCAUAA